CUGCUGUGUGACUUUGGAUUUAUCUGAGGAUCUGGAUUGUGGUUGUUCCUGGUCAGUGUCACCAAACCUGUUCUGCUUCUCUCAUUGGGGUCCCGUGGGGCUGUGCUGCUUGUGGUGAGCUCUCCUUCCUGUCGAAACAUGAAGCUGAUUUUGAUCUUCACUGCCCUCUUCGGGGCUUCCUUGUGCCUGGAAACUUUUGUUGGGCACCAGGUUCUCCGAAUCAGGACAAGAAAUGAGGAGGAGGUUAAGAAGUUACAACUUUUGGAAUCUCUGGAACACCUUGAGCUUGAUUUCUGGACACAUCCCUCCACUCCUGCUCUCCCUGUGGACAUGCGAAUCCCCUCUAACAGUGUCCAAGCAGUCAAAGCCUUCCUGGAGUCCCAUGGGAUUGAGUACUCCAUCCUGAUCAAAGAUCUCCAGGUAGUUCUAGAUAAAGAAAAGCAAGAUAUGGCCUCCAGUCAACAAAGGGAGCGCAGCAGAAACGGCUUCAACUAUGGAACAUACAACUCUUUAGAUUCUAUUUAUGCAGAACUGGAUCAUCUUGCAUCUGAGUACAGCAACAUUGUCUGUAAGUUCCAGAUUGGGGAAUCCUAUGAAAAGCGACCUUUGUACGUGCUCAAGUUCAGCACCGGAGGAAACAACCGUCCUGCGAUCUGGCUCGACGCCGGGAUCCACUCCCGAGAGUGGGUCACCCAAGCAACUGCAGUGUGGAUAGCUAAAAAG